AUGUACCAGUUCCGGGCAGCACUGGGAGUUGGGAGCUCACGACCAGCCAUCGGGUCGGCCAAGCGGCAUCUACGAGACACAGCGGUGUCUGAGUUCCCCAACUCGUUGAAGGAAGAGCGAACUCUUUCGGGUCACCAUUCAUCGUCUGCUGAAUUCCGAGAGGAGCGAGUUAGAAGAUGUCCAAGGUCCAAGAGCUUGUCCAAGCAUGACAACUCCGCUCUUGGUUCGUUUUCCCAAGAGCUUUCAUGCAGCUUUGCUUCACGUGAAUGCUGGAUGGUCAGCCAGCCUUUUCAAAUACCGGCACAUGUAGCCAAGACAAAGGGUUGCUUUCUUCUGGAUCUUUCACUGUAG